AUGGCUCUCCCCAAGCGCAUUAUCAAAGAGACAGAACGGCUCAUGGCCGAGCCUGUUCCAGGAAUUAGUGCCGUUCCUCACGAGGAUAACCUCCGAUAUUUCGAUGUCCAAAUUCACGGUCCUGCCCAGUCUCCGUAUGAGGGUGGUGUUUUCAGCCUCGAGCUCUUCCUCCCUGACGAUUAUCCAAUGACUCCUCCCAAGAUUCGAUUCCUCACCAAGAUCUUCCACCCAAACGUCGACAAGCUCGGUCGUAUUUGCCUCGAUGUCCUCAAGAAUAACUGGUCUCCCGCCCUUCAGAUCCGAACUAUCCUCUUGUCGAUCCAGGCCCUCCUCGGUGCUCCUAACCCGGAUGAUCCUCUCGCUGCAGAUGUCGCCAAGAGCUGGAAGGAGGAUGAGCAGGCCGCUAUUGCAACCGCCAAGGAAUGGACGGCCCAAUAUGCGAAACCUUGA